AUGCAGUCAACCAUUUGUAUCCCCACGUUAAAACGGUCAGCGUGUGACAGGUGCAGGAAGCACAAGCUCCGCUGCAGCAUAAUAAACGAGGAACCGUGCACAAGGUGUAGGCGUGCCAGCGCGCAGUGCGUCGUGGGCUAUGUCCGACCCAGGGGUUGGCAGCGGAGUCUCGAGCCGGCGCACAAGGCCGCUUCCCCCCAGAACUCCACCUUCGAGGCCAUGAUAACCGACUCAACAGCGCCAACGACCCCGACGCAGGACUGGAUCGCGUGCGCGCCCGGGACCAUGGAUCAAGGUCUGUGGGACCCCUGGCACGGUGAGUUGGGUGUCAAUGGAGAUGCGGUCGGCGUGAUCCACGCCUUGUCGGUCGAUCACGGGCCCGGAGUGUCGUCGCCCGUCGAUAAUGCCGGCCCCGCCAAGGAGUCGGGUGGUGCUGAUGGCAUGCUGUGUAAGCUCAGCCUCGACCUGUGCCGAGAAACGCAGCGGCUGCGCGGCGGAUUGGAGGCACGCGAGACGGCGUCGAUUCACGCAUUUGGCUUGGCGCUUGGGUACACGGGGGAAUACAUCGGGAUACUAAAAUCGUCACGGGGCGGUGGGCUGGCGUGCCAGUUGGACAUUGCUAGCUGUUAUGUUAGGAUCCUGGGGCUUUUUGAGAUGUUGAUAGGGUCGCUGGUGCAGGACAGCGAGGAGGGAAUACUCGGCUGUGGUAAGGAUGGCUUUUUGCCCGGGGUAAAGCUGGCAGGGUUUGAGGUUGAGGAGGGGAGGCUGCAGCUUAAACUGCUGGUACAUACUAUUAUGCAUCAGUUUGAGAGCAUGGAAACUUUGUUGGCCUUGCCGGCGGAAUUAAAAAUUGCAGGGAAGCAAGAAGACCGAGAUACUUCGACAGACGGUGUUUUUGGCGGGUUGUUAAAUUAUUACAAUGGUACUGGGCGCAAUAUGGACGGCGAAAGCAGGACGUUGGUAAAGCGAGUAGAAAGUUUGAAGGCCGGGCUAGGAAAUCUAAUGAAAUUGCAUUAG